AUGCGCAUCUGCCCUACGUCGUCGAAGUUCGAUUCUUUCAUCCGCCGCUUCGCAUCCAACACGAUGCGCGCGGUUAUCUACCUUGCUAUGAGCGCUAUCCAGUGGAUCAGUCUUGUAAAGGAAGCCACCAGCCUUAUCGCCGCCGCCGUCCUCCUUAUCAUCGCAGCCAUCUUCUAUGCUCUCGCCGCAGUUAAAGGUCAGGAAUUCACCGGGAGCAAGACCCUUGGCGGACAAGGUGUUGCGCAGAUGAUGGUUUGA